AGUACCUGAAGGUGGGUUGGAGAAAAAACUGCCUUUAUCAGAAGAUGGCGAUUCCAACGGCAUAUACACAUGCUUCAUGAAGUCACAUCGCUGUUAUGACCUCAUUCCAACAAGCUCCAAGCUUGUUGUAUUUGAUACAUCUCUGCAGGUGAAGAAAGCCUUCUUUGCCUUGGUGACCAAUGGUGUGCGGGCUGCUCCACUCUGGGACAGCAAAAAGCAAAGCUUUGUGGGAAUGCUCACAAUCACAGACUUCAUCAACAUCCUUCAUCGCUACUAUAAAUCAGCCCUGGUGCAAAUUUAUGAGCUGGAAGAGCACAAGAUUGAAACAUGGCGAGAAGUCUAUCUGCAGGACUCCUUCAAGCCAUUGGUCUGCAUUUCACCCAAUGCCAGCCUGUUCGAUGCUGUGACUUCUUUGAUUCAAAACAAGAUCCACCGCCUACCUGUCAUUGACCCUGAGUCAGGCAACACGCUGUACAUCCUGACACACAAGCGCAUCCUCAAAUUCCUCAAGCUGUUUAUUGCUGAAUUCCCUAAGCCAGAAUUCAUGACCAAAACCCUAGAGGAGUUGAAGAUUGGUACUUAUGACAACAUUGCAAAGGUCCAGACCAAUACGCCUGUCUAUGUUGCGCUGGGCAUCUUUGUACAGCAUCGGGUCUCUGCGUUGCCCGUGGUAGAUGAAUCAGGCCGGGUUGUGGAUAUUUACUCCAAGUUUGAUGUCAUUGUGAGUAUUUCUG